CACAGCCGAGUAAAUUUCCAAUUAAUUGGAAACACACCUGUUUGUUUACGUUUGCGAACGAGUGUUUUUCCCAAUUUGUAUGCGCAAAUUUAAAAAAUGCAUCGUGGCAUUUUGACUGGUUUCUAUUUCCUUUUUGGACUGGUCCAUUGAGGGGCUCGCUUGAAAUUGAAACUGAACCAACAGGUUUCCAUGUUGUUGCUGCAUCGAUGUUGGCAUUGGUGGUCUGGGGGUCUCGAACAAGGAAGCCAACAGCAGUUUGGACCUUGCCUUACUUCUUUCUGAUUCGCAAUGGAUUAUGUGUUUCGCUUUCCGCUUAUCAGUCGCAUUUCGGCGGCGAUCGAGUCAAGAUAAUGCUCAAUACUAUAGCUGGCAAACCCUUAAGCCGCUGCCAGAUAAAGCGGAUAAUUCGUUAUGAACGAAAGGUGAUGAAGGCAUUGUGCUACAGUGCCAAACUGGUGGCUGGCUACCAUGCCAAGCGGAAUCCGGAUCUAGCCAAGCGAUACGCCACCGCCAGCUCCAGGAUCUCAGGUGCGAGAGCCACCCUGCGACUCAUCGACGACAUACCCAUGAUUCAAUAUGCUUUGGAGUAUGGCUUGGGCGAGAAUGAGCCCGAUCGCGUCAUGCAAGUGCUGGGUGUGACGGCCAACAUAGUGGACUUGCUCUACUAUCCCAUCGAGAAGGUGUGCUGGCUGGCCGAGCACAAGAUUGUGGAUGUCAAGAAUGCGGAUAACUGGGACAAUGUCAACUCCAUAUUCUGGGUGCUUUCGGUGUACCUGAAUCUCAUGAGGACAAUGCGGAAUUUUUCACUGAAUCAGGAAAAGCUGAACCGAACGAAUAAUAUAAACGAAUUGGAUGUGAAAACGUUGAGCAAGCACCGCCUGGAGAUGGUGUCCAUCGUUCGCAUCUCACUCGAUUUUGUCCACGCCGUCAGCACGCUGCCGAAGGGAUAUUUGUGGGGCGGCAAGCUGUCCACCCUGCAGGUGGGUGCUAUUGGCACCUUAUCCGCUGGCCUGGGCAUCUACCAGAUCUUUGCCAAGAGAAGACUGAACAAGUAGUCGGUCCGCCGUUGUAUUUGCAAUCCGUGUACUCGUAUUUGUUCAACAGAAUUUUAAGCUAGUCGGUAAUCGUUUUUGUACGUUGAGUUUUUUCUACGGCACCCGAAAGUGUGUUUAGCGAUAAGUCCUUUAAAGUAGCACAAAAUACACGCGCUGAAUAAUUGUAAAACAGGA